CUGUACAACCCCACCCAUUUUUAGCGUAGGUAUAUGUGAGCACACAAGUUUAUUUUGCAGCACUUUUCUGAUGUUAAUGCUGUCUGAACGUGGAAUACUGCACAAACAUUCGCCUAAUUAGGCAAAAAAGGCCUCAGGACAUUCGCAAGGUCUUCAGACACAAUCAAGAUGGGAAAUAGGCAAUCCCUUGAAAUAACAAGACCACAGACAGAACAUGAUGGAAAACACAUUCAAAAUGGUGAACCCAACGGACAUGCUAUAUCUGGUUCACAUUUUCCUGAUGCUGCAUUUCACUCUCUAGUGUCCUGUGAAGUGUCAGUGCAGCAAAACAGUGAACCGCCUUCCGUGACUCAGACAAAUAACACAAAGCCAUCAGCAGAAUCAAUAGAAGUUGAUGCCAAGCAAGACAGUGCUGUAGUCGUAUCUGUGGAAGUAGCACCUGAGAAAGAAAUCCCAGCGGAGAGCAGCACUCCAGCUACAGAGGAGACACCAAAACCAGCUCAGCCAACCCACUUCUUCAAGAUGUUCAAGAAGAAGAAUGAACCCGUGGCCCCAGCAGCAGAGGUGUCCUGUGAAGUGUCAGUGCAGCAAAACAGUGAACCGCCUGCUGUGACUCAAACAGAUAAUGCAAAGCCACCAACAGAAUCAGUUGAAGUUGAUGCCAAGCAAGACAGUGCUGUAGUCCUGUCUCUGGAAGUUGCACCUGAGCAAGAAAUCCCAGUGGAGAGCAGCACUCCAGCUAAAGAGGAGACACCAAAACCAGCUCAGCCAACCCACUUCUUUAAGCUUUUCAAGAAGAAAACUGAACCCAUAAUCCCAGUGUCAGAGGUGUCCUGUGAUGUAUCAGUGCAGCAAAACAGUGAACUGCCUGCUGUGACUCAAACAAAUAACACAAAGCCACCAGCAGAAUCAGUAGAAGUUGAUGUCAAGCAAGACAGUGCUGUAGUCGUAUCUCUGGAAGUAACACCUGAACAAGAAAUCCCAGCAGAGAGCAGCACUCCAGCUAAAGAGGAGACACCAAAACCAGCUCAGCCAACCAGUUUCUUCAAGAUGUUCAAGAAGAAGAAUGAACCCAUGGCCCCAGCAGCAGAGGCGUCCUGUGAAGUAUCAGUGCAGCUAAACAGUGAACCACCUCUUGUGACUCAAACAAAUAACACAAAGUCACCAGCAGAAGCAGUUGAAGUUGAUGCCAAGCAAACCAGUGCUGAAGUCGUUUCUCUGGAAGUAGCACCUGAGAAAGAAAUUCCAACUGAGAGCGGCACACCAGAUAAAGAGGAGACACCAAAACCAGCUCAGCCAACCAACAUCUUUAAGCUUUUCAAGAAGAAGAAUGAACCCGUGGCCCCAGCAGCAGAGGUGUCCUGUGAAGUGUCAGUGCAGCAAAACAGUGAACCACUUGCCGUAACUCAAACAGAUAACGCAAAGCCAUCAGCAGAAUCAGUAGAAGUUGAUGCCAAGCAAGACAGUGCUGUAGUCAUAUCUCUGGAAGUAGCACCUGAGCAAGAAAUCCCAGUGGAGAACAGCACACCAGCUAAAGAGGAGAAACCAAAACCAGCUCCGAAACCCAAGUUCUUCAAGAUGUUCAAGAAGAAGAAUGAACCCAUAACCCCAGCAGUAUCAGAGAACAAAGAAUCAGCUGAAGAACAGACGGCUCCUGAAGUACAGAUUGAUGGCCAGAUGACUGAGCCUCCCGACAUAAAGGGAAGUACACAGCCUGAGGAAGAGCCACAGAGUGAAACGCUCAAUUCCAGUGCCACUGAGGUCGCAGAAGACAGCGCUCAACCGGAGGAGGUUAGCCCAGAGGAAAAUCCAGUUAUGAACUUUUUCAAAACCCUUGUGAGUCCGACCAAAACAACAAAAGAAGCGACAACUGCUCCUGAUGCCUCAAAAGACCAGUCACAGAAGGAGGCCCCAUCGGUUUCAGCACCAAACGUGCAGGAAUUACCGAAGGUGCCUCCUCCUCCACCGCCAGCACCUCCAAAGAUGGAGAGUAAAGCAGAAUCAGCUGUAAAGAAAGCGGAGGCCCCAGCAGCAGAAGCAGCGGCAGCAGCCAAGGAUCAAGAGACUCCCAGUAAAGCUAAAGACAGCCCAUUUGGCAAACUCUUCCGUCCAAAGGCAUUGCUAGGCAAGGUGGUGUCAAAAGUUCAGGCGGCAACAGCGAGUGGAGCCAGCGCCCCUGCCAAGACAUCAGCAGCGUCUAUGGUGAAGGAAGAAGCAGAGCCAGUUGAGGUACAGGUAGAUGCAUCCAGGACAAGCACCCUUGAGGCCGCUGCCAAACCAGAAUCCCCUCCAGCCCCUAAACCAGAAGAAAAGAAACCAGAGAAGAAGCCCUCACCCUUUGCCAACUUGCUCAAACCAAAGGUACUGCUAAGCCAAGUGAGCUCUAAGAUCCAGGCGGCUGCAUCAAGUGCUGCAGCCAGUGUCUCCCUUGGCACUGGAGGAGCGGCCACAGAGCAAAAGAAAGAACCCCCUGCAGCCCCUGCUGCCGCAGAGGCCGCUGCAAGUGCCAAGGUCAAAGAAGAGCCAAAGCCUGCCGUUACAGCUACUGCUGCUGCUGCGGCCGCCCCAGACAACAAGUCAGUGGGCAGUGCAGAUAACCCUUCGCCCAGUGUCCCCCGCAAGCUAGAGAAGAGGAACUCCAUCCAACUGUUCUUCAAAAACCUGGGUCAAAAACGUCACUCUGACGCUGGAGUGCAAACGGAAGCCAUGGCACCUGAGAAGGCCAAGUAAAAGUCCUGCUUUUCAUCAUCUGCGCAGAAAAGAAAACCCUUUGCAUGUAUAUAGGUAUACGCAUCUGAAUGUCCUGACUUGGGGGAGGGGGGUUUACUUCUUACUCACCCUCCUGAACUGAACUGAAAGGAAACUGAAGAAUCAUAAAGCAAGGCCAUUCCCAAUUUCAGUACUUCCCAAAACUUCCGGAGUCAACUUGUGCCUUAAUCCCAAUACUAACAGGGGAAAUCCACUGAUUUUUCAAAAUGAUUAAAUAAUUCAGUAAACAAAUUCAUUGACAGUGGCUUGAUGUAAAAUGUGCUGUUCUCGAGAAGCUGACUCAGAUUUCUUUAUAAUGGUGGUGAUAGGAACCAGGGGUCUAGAAUACAAAUAGAAUUAUAAUGUCCUGUUAACCCAUAUGUCUUUAGUUUUAUUAUGUAAUGUAAUGAUAAAUAUGGAAAAAAAUAAUUGCCUUUAGGGACUGUUUUGCCUUAGAACUACAUGUAACUCUCCUUCAUAAAAUAAUAGUUAAAAUGCAUUUUAGCCUAAACUUUUAUCUCAAAAGUAUCUUAAAACAAUAUCUCUGACAUGGUGUAAUACACCUGUAAGCAUUUUGUGUAAUGACUGUGUGUGAUGUUUGGUUCUUAUCACCACCACUAUGAUCAGACCAGACUUGGUAAGUUUCUCUAAAACAGAACAUUUUACAUCAAACCACUCUGAACAACACUGUUUACAUCAUAAUGACUGAAUUAUACAGAAAAUUUGGUAAAUCAGUGGAAUUCCUUUUUGUAAGCCACACAGAGGUGUUUGGUUCUUUAUAUACAGUAAGAACAGAGGAAACUUUGCAAAGUUGCUAGAAGGUCUUGAGACUUGGUGAGUUUUGGAUGGUUUUAUAAUAAGUUUGAUGGGGAGAUGAAAGAGGUACUAAGGUUCGAUGUGACUUGUAGUUUCUGUUAUAUAUAGUGAUGUAAUAUAAAUGUCAAUUAACCCUAUCUUAACCCACAAUAUGGCCAUUUAUGAAAUGCUUAUUAUUGCAUGCAAAAAAAAAAGUAGUGUCAUGUCCAGCUUUAUGAUUCUGGAACAUCUGAUAUUUGCACACAUAGACAAACAUUCCUAUGGCUGUGAAAACAAUCUGCAAGGAACCCAUAGAAUUUCUCCAUUCAAUCCAAUUUUCUGUCACCCUAAGUCGAUGUUAACAACACGUCCAAUGCUUUUUUUGUGUUGUUUGGUGAUAAAACUGUUAACAUGUUCUCUGACUGGCCAUAAGACCCUUUGAUGCAGUAUGGCCCAUUGCUACAGUUUCAUGCUAAGUUAAAAUCAGUGUCUUCAGAUAACACAAAUUUUGCUAACAUAUUUAUCAGAUUAUCGCAUGAAAGCUUUAUAAAAUAUCAUAAAUGGGUCUUCUUUGUUGGUACUACUGUAAAGCAUGUUUUCUCUAGCCAAGCCCUCACUAACCCUUCCACAUGGUUUCUAUUAUUCUCUAAAUAAACUGCUCAUUCGCUUUCAGCAUGGUGUAAUUGCUUCCUCUGAAGUGGUAUUUAUGCUCAGUAUCAGUCAGGCAGUUUAUGGAAUUUCAGUCUGCCCUGGGCGCAUAUUUAAAGAGAAUGGACCUAAAUUGAAAUCCUGAUUUUUAUCUUGAUAUCUGAAUCUAAGAGACACAGACAUUUUCAUCACUUUUUUUUUUUUUUGCAUUUUAUUGCCAGUAAUCAACUAAUGUCAUCAAUUAAAUGAAAUAUUCUGUCUCUGUGAAAUGAUCCAGUCCUUGUUAAUAAAAUGCAAGGGUUCAACAACA